AUGGCUGCAACAUUGAAGCCUUAUUUAACAGCGGUUCGACACACGCUCACAGCUGCAAUGUGCUUAGACAAUUUCUCUUCUCAGGUAAUAGAAAGGCACAACAAACCCGAGAUUGAGGUGAAAUCAUCCAAGGAAUUAGUUUUAAAUCCAGUCAUUAUAUCCCGCAAUGAGAAGGAACGAGUAUUAAUUGAGACAAGUGUUAAUUCAGUCCGUAUUAGUAUUUCCAUAAAGCAGGCAGACGAGAUUGAGAAGAUUUUAUGUCACAAAUUUACGCGCUUUAUGAUGAUGAGAGCUGAAAACUUUGUAAUAUUAAGACGAAAGCCUAUUGAGGGCUAUGAUAUAUCAUUCCUUAUCACCAAUUUUCAUACCGAACAAAUGUAUAAGCACAAACUUGUUGACUUUGUCAUCCAUUUCAUGGAGGAAGUUGAUAAAGAAAUUAGUGAAUUAAAGCUGUCUGUUAAUAGUCGUGCGCGUAUUUGUGCUGAAGAGUUCUUGAAGAGAUUCUAA